AUGAGCGAAGAACAACAAAACAAUAAUGCAAAUCAAUUGCCAAGCUUGGUUAAUUUGAGAUCGAAUAGAAAUGUCUCCCAGGUAGAUUUAAACUUUGCUUAAAAAAGUAAAACAAUACAAUCAGAAAAUUGGGAAAUGCUGCAAAGAGUUAAGGAAAGUCUGGAGAGCAAGGCCUUUAGUAACUUUUUCACAAGUUCCUUGGCCAAAUUACCCAAUUUUAAAAGUCCUCAAGAAUUAGCCAAAGUUUUAGCUGAUUAAUUUAUAUAAAAUGAAAUCAAAAAGGGGAAGAAGAGAGAAGCCAAAUCCGCAAUCAAAAUCCAAGUGCCUCAACCACAAACAUCAGAUAGUUUACCAGCUCUGAAAACUCCAUAAAUGAAGUUAGAUAAAAAUAAAUUCAAUCCAAUCCGUUCAAAGAGUCGGGACAAACUUAGAGAGCUUGAAAUCAUUAAAGAAUAAGAAAGAGAAAAGGAACAACAAAAUAAAGAGAACAACAAAACGAGUGAAAAGAUUUUAAAAUAAAAAAACAAAAUAUUCUCCAAAGAUACCUAGAGAUAAAAAGAAUAAGAUAAAUCAUUUGCUGAGCAACCUUCUCCUCCAAUCAAACUUUAAAAAUAUAUUCGACAUACCUUAUCCAUAGCAAAACUCUAAUCUCCAAUUCCUAUUGAUGCUAAUUAAUAACCACAACCAACCAUUUAUUCUUACUUUUUAGGUGGAGGAAACAACAGUGAAUUAAUUAAACGGGUUUUCGAUUACAGAUCAGAUUGGCAUUAGACUACUAAUAUUGCCAGAGCCAAUUUUAGAUGGUAACAAUCAAAUCAUGGAUACAAGUAUUUCAAAUUGAAUUGGCAUAAAUCUCAUAAAGAAUUACUUAAUCAUUUUGAAUUUCAUCCAGAAAUUAGUAAUAAAAAGAAUUUAUUAGUGAAUGUAUCAGCUGCUUGUGAAAUACUUAAAUUGAACCCUUUUGAUAUUACGCCUGUCACAUUUGCUAUAGAUUUUACAGAUUCAUCAGUUGAAUGCAAUAUAUCUGCUUUUUAUAAUUUUUAUAACAAAAAUGCUCCAGAAGCUAAAUAAUUAAAUAAGUAAGACGCAUAAAACAAACUUAAUGAAAUCAAGAAAAAAUUGAGAAUAGCACCGAGCAAAGAGAAAAAAUAGUUGGAAUUUCAAAUGAGAGACACUUUUACUGGUCCAGAUUAUUUAUGGUUAUUGAAACCUACUGGAUUAAAUAGGGGAAGGGGGAUUCAUGUGUUUUAAGAUAUUGACAAUCUUAUUGAUCUACUUAUUGAUUAUUAAUAUGGUUAUCAUGAGAAGUAACUAGAAACAUAUAAAGAUGAGAAUGGAUAAACUUAAUAAAAGGUUGUUUAAUAUUUAUUGAAAACAUCUUCAUUCGUUGUUCAGAAAUAUAUUGAGAAACCUUUAUUAAUAAAAAACAGGAAAUUUGAUAUAAGAGUUUGGGUGUUUCUAAAUACUGAUCUGAGUUGCUAUUUUUUUAAAGAAGGCUACAUAAGAAUGGCAUCGGAAGAAUACCGAACGAAUGAUGUGGAGAACAUUUACAUUCAUCUGACAAAUAAUGCUAUCUAAUAACACAGUGACAAAUAUGGGCAACAAGAAUUAGGAAAUUAAUUAUCAUUUGAUUAAGUUUCAGACUAUUUCAAAUCCAAAAUAGAUUUUAGAGGAAAGAUAGUCGAGAAGAUGAAGGAGAUGGCAUACUUUGCAAUGAGAACUGUGGCUACAAAAAUCAAUAAGUUAAAUCGGAAAUUUUGUAUGGAGAUUUUUGGUUUUGAUUUCUUUUUGGAUGAACUCUUCAAUAUUUAUUUAAUAGAAGUCAAUACUAAUCCUUGUCUUGAAGAAUCCAGCCCUUUGUUGUAGAUGUUGAUACCAAGGAUGGUUGAUGAUGCCUUUGUGUUGACUGUUGAUCAGAUAUUCCCUAUUCAAAGAGAUGUUGUGUCAAAAUUCCCUGUCACUAACUACAGCGACACAGAAAAUAUGUGGUAAUUGAUGGGAGAAUUAACCGAAAUACAAGGAUGA